UGUGUUAUUGUAGCGUUUAUUGAGUUAUUGCCUGGCAUCACCCUACACACCUCUCUAAAUUUCAUUAACCUGGCCUGCUUGCAGGAUUAGAUGUUGACUUGUUGCAGCUGUUUGCAUACUGCACUUAGCAGUUCACUUCAGGAAAUAGUAAUGUGUGCCGGAGAGAACCGAUGCAGUCACAUGAUAAAGUCAAACUGUGCCUCAGAGAGCAACCAGAUUCACUCAGAGCCUCAUGUCGACAGAAGACCCAGGAAGAAUAUAACAUGAUUAAUAAAAUGCACACGAUACUCUUUCUUUUUCUUCAUGAAGUCUAUGAACAUAACUGCAAUGUAGCUCGUGUGGAUCAGGUUUUAACAGUAAAAGAGGGAGGCAAUGUAUUGUUGCCUUGUCUUAUUUUAAAUGAUAAUAUACACCGAGCACUGUGGUGUAAACAGGUUCUUGGAGAGAAACCUGUCCUAAUAGUGUCAUCGUAUCAUCACUCUCAACCGAAUGAAUUUUCUCCUGACUUUGAAAAAAAUCGUUUCCAUGCAGUGCGAAAAUAUGAUAGCUUUAACUUAACCAUCCUGAGGACCUCGAAAUCUGAUUCAGGCACAUAUUUCUGCGGCAGUGCUUUUGCUAAUAUUAUUUCCUUUAGCACUGGAACUGUUUUGCUGGUCAAAGGUGCCUACAUCAAACCCGCUGUUGUUCAACAGCCUGCGCUUGGUGUUAUGAAGCCAGGAAGCAAUGUGACUCUGCAGUGCACAGUAGAGACGAAGAUGUGUGAGAAAGGAGUACAACUAGUCUACUGGUAUAGACGCAGUUUGGACACAAUCCAUCCAGGAAUGGUUUAUAUUCAUGGAGACAUGAAAAAUGAGUGUGGGAAGAACUCUGUAGCCUCCUUUGAUACACAGAGCUGUCUGUACAACCUGCCCAGGACGAAUGUUGGUUUGUCUGAUGCUGGACUGUACUACUGUGCGGUGGUAACAUGUGAUGAAGUUUUAUUUGGAAACGGCACAACAUUGGUCAUUGAAAAUGAAUUUAACAGUGAGAGAAAGCAGUAUUUUAUUUUAAUUGGACUUGCAGUGCUGUGUACAGUCAGUUUUACAGUCAAUAUUUUACUUUUUAUACCAUUGAGAAAAAAAGAAAGAACGACUCUUCAAAUCCAGACCACUAAUGACACAACAACAACAGUUCAGUAUCGCAACACUGAUGCCAUUAACUGUGCUGCCCUGAACCUUUCCACAAAAAGAGGUCAGAGAAGAAGGACCUUGCAGGGGACAACAUGCUCUGUGCCGAUGUUGCGAGACAACAUUUGAAACGUAUUGCCGCUGACCGUCAAAACAUACUGUAAUAUUCCAUAGUAAGAGUAAGAUAACAUCUACCUAUGCACGUCUGUGAUUAUUACGCUGUGUGUUAAAGGUGUUAACGUGAACACUUCUGGCAGACGACGCGCAAAUUUCUAUAAAAUUUCUAUAAAACCAUAACCACAUCCUGUAAGGGCCUAACUAGAUGUGAAAGUACUGCAUUCAUCACUUGUAUAAACCUUGGCCUUGGUAUAACUUUGGCUAAUUAGAUUUAGGUCAGCCUUCUAAUUUGGUAAUUCAUCUCUAACACAAUCGUUACUAGUGUUAAGAAUACAGUAAAACAAAUAUCGAACAUAAUAUUUAAACAUACUUUUUAAAAAAGCAGGGCGGGACUUGAUUUGGUGACACUGUUUAUCUUUUCUUCAAAAUAACAUGCACUGAUUUUGAAUUAAAAUCUUGCAUUACAA